AUUGCUGACAACGUGCUUAUCAAUUCUCUUUCACUCUCGAACAGCAACGAAAACGAUAUAAAACUCAUUAAAUAUUAAAGCAAUUAUUGGAUUGUUACUCAAAUACAGUUGUAUCGUGUAAAGAUAAAUCAUUGACGAAGAGCUACGGAUGUGUGAAUGAUGCUACAGAGUUUACGUUUUGCAAAGUAAAUUAAGAAAAGAAGUGAAGAGAAAAAUGCCUUCAAAGCUUGCGAUGGUAACGUGUGUUCUGUGCAAGGAGACAUACAAGAAACCGAAAUAUCUACCUUGUCUCCAUACGUUCUGCGAGCGCUGCUUGGAAGGAUAUAUAGUCAAGAUAGCUGACAUCUGUACGAAACUUAACAACAAGCUACCAGCAUCAAUAUUUGACAACAAGCCUUACGUAUGGACGGGAGACGGUUUUCCGUGUCCGGUUUGCCGCAAGCACGUGCAAAUGAGGGUGGAUCAGCUCAAGGGAAGUGUCCCACAACAGUGGGCGGCCAUGUUUCCCAUGAACCAACUGACAUUGAGUAUUCUGGGAUACGACAACAUCCCCACGGAUGAUAAUGUAUGCUCACCAUGUCAGAAAAUCGGCGAGCCAGAGCCAGCGGACCAUUGGUGCUUAGAAUGCGCUGAAGCACUGUGCAAGUCCUGUUCCGCUCAUCAUAGAGUGUUAAGAGCCACCGAUACGCAUGCUGUUGUUCAAAUUGUUGAGCUAAAAAAUCAGAAAGGUCCGAUGCGUCAUGAAGAGGUUUCUACUUGUCAUCCUCAUGGGGGUAAACUAAUUAAUUUGUAUUGUGUGGACCAUAACAAGGUUGCAUGUGACGAUUGUGCUAAAGAAGAGCAUAGAGACUGUGAAAAUCUCAUCGACAUAGAGAAAGUCGCGGGAGAAAUCAAGAAUUCGUCAGAAGCACAUAAACUACUUGACAAAUUAAAGGAAUGCAACGAAGAAAGCGAGUGCAUUAUACUGGAUAGGACAAGAACUAUUGACAAAUUGGAAUCAACCAAAGACGUCUUUCAAAACAACAUUCAGAAAGUAAGAAACGAAAUCAAUAAGGUCUUGGAUGAGCUGGAGAAAAUAUUUAAAGAAGACUUUGAAACAACUCACAAGAAAGUUACACUUGAUCUAGCGGACCAAAUAGGCAGAUGCCAUUUUCUACAGAAAGCUGUAGACAGUUCCAUGGGAGUUCUUAGAGCAGCAAUUGAACAUGGAACAGAUAAUGAACUGUUUGUUGUUGCUCACACGAUGGAAAAGGAACUUCACAAGUAUGAAGAAGUCAUUGAAAAAGAGACAACUGAUAUAUUUGAUAUCGACUAUGAGUUUGAAGUCAACUAUGAAAUAGAGCAUGUUCUGCUAGCACUUGACGAAAUAGGUUCAGUGAAGAUCAACAGAACACCAACUACUGUGUCACCCUUUGUUAAGAAACAUGCUAAGAUCAUUGAACGUUUUGACGCUACUUCGGCAAUGGACGAACGUUGUGCGGAAGUCACAGGUGGAACAUUUCUUCCGGACGACAGAAUCUUGCUUGUAGACAAUGCUAAUGAGAAGUUAAAGCUCUUUACACCAGAUGGAUACCUACUUUGUGAGCUGGAGAUGAGCUCAUCUCCAUGGGACAUUGCGUGCAUCCCUGGUGGAAUGGCAGCUGUUACACUACCAGAAGAUAAGAAAAUUCUCAUGGUAUCCGGGCUUAAUGACUGCAUUACACCGGUCGAUCAAUUCACAACCUCUGGCAAAUGCUAUGGCAUUGCGUAUUCCUAUUAUGAGAAAGAUCUCGUCGUGGCAUGUGACACUCCAGGUGAUGGUAUGGCAGUCGUGAAGGUGAUAACUCUAAGUGGUGAAGAGGUUCGUAACAUCUCUAUUGGUGAGGACGGGAAAAGUCUUAUUUCCAGACCAAGUUACGUUGCUACGAAUCCGUUUAACGCUGAUGUUUACGUCUCUGACGAUUGCAACAACACGGUUAUUGGAAUAACAAUGGGCGGAGACUUUCGGUUCAAGCAUAGUGAGUCAUAUCUGCAACUUCCCGUUGGAAUCGCUGCUGACAAUCAUGGAUGCGUUUAUGUCUGUGGGAAUGGAUCAUGUGAUAUACAUCAAAUGUCAUGUGACGGUCAAAGGAUUCGCCUUCUCUGCGAUGGAUUGCCCCACCCACGAGCGAUUGCAUUCGAUCCAUACGGCGAACGUUUUCUUGUGACGAGCGAUGGUUCCUACAAAAGCACUGUACAAGUUUACUCUUUGUUUUGAGCAUCUCUGACAGGUGGUUGUGCCAAGUUCAUAUACUAUUAUCGCACAUUGUGUUUUUCUAUCUUAGCGUUCAACAAUACAGUGUUAUAUAUAGUUUUGUUUUGUAUACUAGUAGAUGAAUUUAGGAAAAGGGUUACUGAAUGUGUAAGCUGUAAUAUAGUAUUGUGUUUGAUAUGGAUAUGAUAACAUGUUUGCUUCAAGUAAAAUUAAAAUAAUAAGUAAUACAAUCUAUUCAUUUAUAGGCUAGUAUUGUAUGGCUUUUUAAACAAUAUCUUUUUUUCAUAUGACGCAAUUGAUUAUAUCAUAUAUGAAUUGAUUGUAUAAUGCAUGAGUAGAUUAAAAGACCGUUGAACUGGUCAAGAGGUGAUUUGUUUGAACUCAUGAAUGACCGAUUAUAAAGAUAAGCAAUCGAGUUCAUACUACAUGUACCAAUAUUGGGGGCAAUCUCAUUAACGAUGGCACAGUACGAUCAUUUCAAGAUAAUAUUUCUGAGAAGUUAUAAUAUAUUUCUAGAAACUAUGAGCUUUCAUAGCCAUUUUAGGCAAAGUUUAUUUGAUUUAGAAAGUCAAACUUCCUAUUUCAUUUGUGGCACUCGCUCAAUUUUUAUCUGAGCUUUUUGAUCUUCGAAUAUUUUGUCGUGCACUCGUUGAUAAGAUGGCAUCUAAAGUAUAUUAAAUUACAUUUUGAUUGCUGAGUUUGCGUAGCAUAUGUCUAUAUAAUGUAUACAGAAUUGUCAAUAAAAG